GGCUCCGGACGAAUCGUCCAGCCGACUGGGAUAAAGAUGGUAAUCUGUGAGUAAAUGGGACGGGCGCCCGGGUCACCGACUCGCACCCGUUUGCACCAGAGACAAGGGAUAGCGCGUGGACGAAAGAGACGAUGGUUGUUAGGGUCAUUGCUGAUGGCGUCUGUUCUUCAGCCCUAACUCCGCCCAUUUGACUCUACGCACUGCGCACUCUCCUUUCCUUUCCCUUCUUUACAUAUAGCUUGCGCCUUCGCCCCUUGGGACUUGCCCUUCCUUUAAACAAGCGUUCGGAGACAUCUUCGGUGACAUCUGAACGAGAUACCUAUUAGCGCCACUCCUUACAUCAUCAUAUAUGAUAUAUAUCUACGACACACUCGACACCAAAUGAGCGAAACACACAAAGGGUUGCGCCCAGUCAGCAUGGCCGACUCGGACAAGACUGCUACACAGAGCCACGAGCCCUCGGUGCUUGGGGAAAAGGGUAUUGUCGAGGGCGUUCUUCCAUCAACGGCGACGGCUGUUCAAGCGUCGGAACCUUUUGCCGCGGAUGAGAAGGCAACAGCAGAAGAGAGGGUUUCGAAUCGUAACUCGACGGCCAGCGCAGUAGAGGGCGAAGCUGAUUUCGAAUACCCUGCCAAAGGAAAGCUCGCCGCCAUCACAUUGGCUUUGUGCCUGUCAGUCUUCUGCAUGGCGUUGGACAACACCAUCAUCGCAACCGCCAUCCCUCGAAUCACCGACCAGUUCAAAGCCCUGAACGACGUAGGCUGGUAUGGCUCGUCCUACCUCCUCACGACGUGCGCGACGCAACUCAUCUACGGAAAGUUUUACACAUUUUAUAGCAUUAAAUGGGUGUAUUUGACGGCGCUCUUCAUCUUCGAGCUCGGCUCCCUAAUCUGCGGUGUUGCUCCCACGUCGACGGCCCUCAUCAUCGGGCGCGCAGUCGCGGGUGUGGGUGCUGCGGGUAUUUUCAGCGGAGCCAUUUUGAUUAUUGCAAACACUGUGCCUCUACGACAACGACCAACCUACAUGGGGCUCGUCGGUGGCAUGUACGGCAUUGCGUCUGUUGCGGGUCCUCUCAUGGGUGGGGCCUUUACUGACCACCUGACUUGGCGAUGGUGCUUCUACAUCAACCUACCCUUUGGUGCAAUUACCGCCGCGUUCAUUCUUUUUUUCUUCAACAUCAAUCGUCGCAGCAAGAAGACGGAGGCUACGUGGAAGCAGCAGCUGCAAAAGUUUGAUCUUCACGGCACGGCGCUCUUCCUACCGUGUGUCAUCUGCCUGCUCCUUGCUCUUCAGUGGGGAGGCAGCAAGUAUGCAUGGGGUAGCGGGCGGGUCAUUGCCCUCCUUGUCAUUUCUGCUCUUCUGGGCAUUGCCUUUGUCGCUAUUCAAUGGUGGAAGCAGGAGAAUGCUACGGUGCCUCCUCGCGUCUUCCUGAAUCGCAAUGUGUGGGGUUCCGCGUGGUUUGGUGCCAUGCUCGGCGCGGCUUUCUUUAUUCUCGUCUACUACCUUCCUAUCUGGUUCCAAGCCAUCAAGGGCGUAUCAGCAACGAAAUCAGGCAUCAUGAACCUGCCAGCCAUCCUCGGUCUUGUCAUCGUCUCCAUCGCAGCCGGUGGUCUUGUCACGGUGAUUGGCUACUACACGCCCUUUAUGCUGCUCUCCAGUGUUCUCAUGGCCAUCGGCGCCGGCCUCCUCUCGACGUUCGAAACCGACACCAACUCGGCCAAGUGGAUUGGCUACCAGUUCAUCUUCGGUGCAGGCGUAGGCUUCGGCAUGCAGCAAACGCUUAUUGCCGUCCAGGCCACGCUUCCCGCGGACGACGUGGCCAUUGGAACGGCGAUCAUCAUGUUUUCCCAAACCCUCGGUGGCGCUCUCUUCAUUUCUGUAGGCCAGAACGUCUUUACGAAUCAAUUGAUCAAGAAUCUUGCGGCCGUGGUCCCAGAUCUCGAUUCCACGCUGGUCUUGAGGACGGGCGCAACAGAGCUCAAGCACGCUAUCCCCGCGCAGUAUCUACCCGGGGUGCUCUCGGCUUACAACUCGGCCCUUAACAGCACCUUCUACGUGUCGGUGGCGACGGCUAGCCUCUCCAUUGUUGGCGCAGCUUUCGUCCAGUGGAAGUCGAUGAAGGGCAAGCAGAUGCAGAUGGCCGCUGCGUAGCGUAGCGUGGCAUGAGACGGUGGGACAGCGAGCCGGACACUCCCGGCGCGCGCGGCCAUCAGCACCUUAAUCGGACCUUUUGAGAUACCCUUGGACCCUAAGCUGGUUCAAAGCUUUGGUUGUAUUAUAUCCCCAUGUACUUUUUUCGGUCAGCAUCUUUGGCUGUUAGCACUAGCAUUUUUUGCGAGCCAGCAUGGCGUUGUGGGACUAGAGACGGUAAUGGACUGAUAGACUGUCCUAUGGCUGCGACUCUUCGCUCCUGUAGAAUGGUUUCAUAUAGAUUGACUGAAUGAAUCGACUUCCACUUAGAUACAC